UUCAGAAACAAUACAUUCUAACACUUCCACGCAAGUUGUUAGUUAUAUGUAAAAUAGCUAUUGUGUCUUUUGUUCAGUAGGAUGAAUUAUAUAUCCUAUAUUUUUCAUGUUUAGUAAAAACAUUCCGAGACAACUGUUAAUGAAUAGCACUAAAAUUAUAACGUAUAAACGAAUGUUAUUUGUUUUUUUAAUAUAGGUCUACUAAUUUGUUAUAAGCAAGCAAGAUGGACAAACUCAUUUUCUGGGCUGUUUUUACAGUGGCAACCAUUGGUACAGUGAGUUUGAGUUGCCCCUCCGUGUGCCAAUGCCCCGUGGGGCCCGUUAUCUGCCCCCCGGGGGUAAGUUCCGUGCCGGACGGGUGUGGCUGCUGCAAGGUGUGUGCCGCCCAGCUGAAGGAAGACUGCGACCCCUCUCGCCCCUGCGACCACCACAAGGGCCUGGAGUGUAACUACGGAAACGACGUGGCGCGCACUGGGGGCGUGUGCACAGCGAGGUUGGAGGGCCGCGCGUGUGAGUACAGCGGGAGAAUGUUCCAGAACGGGGAGAGCUUCCGCGCGGGCUGUAAGCACCAGUGCACCUGCAUCGACGGGGCGGUCGGCUGCCAGCCAAUCUGCGCCCUGCAGCCGCCCCCGGCCACGCCCUCCUGCCCCGCCCCCCGCCUGGUCAAGGUGCCCGGGCAGUGCUGCCCGACGGUGGACUGCCACAAGGGGGCGCCGGCUCUGCCCCCCACACGCCCGCACGCGUCCCCGUUCGCGGUCCCCUACCCGCGCAAACCCGCGCAGAACCUGGGCAACGAGCUGCUGGAGCUGGGGAAGAAGUGGGAGGAGCUGAGCCACUACAAACACCUGGCAGCGUGGAGGCAGGUCGGGGGUCAGUGCGUUGUCCAGACGACCAGCUGGUCUCCCUGCUCGCGCAGCUGCGGGAUGGGCGUGUCCUCGCGCGUCUCCAAUGACAACGCCCAGUGCAAGCUGGCCAAAGAGACGCGUCUCUGCAGCGUGAGACCCUGCAGCUCCCCGAAGCCCCUCCCCCUCAAGAAAGGGAGGAAGUGUUCUCGCACCCACAAGGCAGCCGAGCCCCUCCGGCUGUCCCACGCCGGUUGCCGUAGCGCCCGGCUGUACCGGCCCAACUACUGCGGGGUGUGUGGGGACGGGCGGUGCUGCGCCCCGCGGCACACCCGCACCCUCGCCGUGGCCUUCUCCUGCCCCGGCGGCCGGCGCCUCCGCAAGGCCGUCAUGUUCGUGCGCUCCUGCAAGUGCGGCGUGGAGUGCGCGCCCCUGAACGAGGCCGCCCUCCCGCCCCGCCGCUGGCUCCACGGCGACACGCACAAGUUCGCCGACUAAGAACCCCCCCCCCGCCGACC